CCCAAUGACAGUUAAUUGACAUCUGACAACCAUCUCGUAAACAAAAUGCUCGAAACGUAAUAAAAUCACCCAUUCUUCCUAUUUUCUCUCAACAAUCAACAUCAUGACCGCAGUACUGAAAAAACGGGCCCUGGCUGAAUACACCCAAACAAUCCAAGAAACAUUCCCCUCACAACCCAUCAAAAAACUCCGCCUGGUCAAGAAAACCCCCGCAGGCACCGGCAACUCGUCCCUCGCCCUCAUCAGCUGCCUCGAAAGCAGCAAAAGCAGCAGCGAAGCCCUACGCACCCUCCUGCGAGUCUCCGACACUUUCGAGCUCGAGCCCAACGACAUCCCCGAAGCCGUGAAGAAACUGAGCGACCACUUCAAGAACGAGCCCGAAUCCGCCGUCAGAGUCAAGAUUUUGUCGCUGCUGUCGGACGUGGGGCACCUCCUAGGCGCCGACGUGGUGGCAAUCAUCGACGAGACGAUCCUCCUGCUGAAGAACGACCACUCGCAUAAGGUGAUAGCGCAGGGGAUGAACACGGUGCUGAAGUUGGGGAAACUGGUGCCGGACAGUGCGGCGGCGUUACACCAAAAGCUGGUUGAUAUUGCGAAGGGGUACCUCAAGGACGUGAGUCACGCGGUGAAGUGCAAGUGUUUGGAGAUUAUUGGGGUGCACGCACCGGUUUGCACGGGGGCGGAGGCCGAGAAGUUGAUGGUUUUGGUUAGUUUGUAUUUUAGUAAUGAGGACGCGAGGGUGAGGAGUCAGGCGUUUUCCACGAUUAUUACGUUGCAUGAGAGGUCGUUUAAAAUUAAUCCCGAUAUUUACGUGGAUGUGUGUGAGGCUUUGAAGGACGACUACGAGAUUGUGAGGCAGGUGGUCUUGAAGUUGGUGUGUUUAUUGGGAAAUACGUAUCCAGAAAACGAGGUUCUGCUCCCUGGAAGCGAGCACGAGAUUCGCUUAAUCGAUGACGCUUUUGGUAAAGUGUGUAACGCUAUGUCUGAUUUGUCAAUACAUGUGAGGACUCUGGCGGCCAAACUUUUGGGCACAAUGAAGCUUGUUAGUGCGAAAUUUCUUAAUCAGACGCUGGAUAAAAAAUUGAUGUCAAAUAUGAGGCGAAAGAGAACUGCCCAUGAACUGGCGUGGGAAAAUGUGACCAGUGGAGAAUGGGCUAGCGGGAAAAAAUGGGCAGACGACGCCCCAAGAGAAGUCCUAGAUGCCGAUAGCAUCAAUUUAAUGAGCAGUGGGGCCUGUGGGGCCUUUGUUCACGGUUUAGAAGACGAAUUUCUAGAGGUUCGUUCCGCCGCCGUAGAAUCCCUCUGCGAGCUCUCCAUCCGCAACCCGCAGUUCGCCAACACCUCCCUCGAUUUCCUGGUGGACAUGUUCAACGACGAGAUCGAGGACGUGCGUCUGAAAGCGAUUGAUAGUCUGAGACGCAUUUCCGAGCACAUUAUUUUGCGCGACGACCAGCUGGAGACGAUUCUGGGGGCCCUUGAGGACUUCUCUCAAGACGUGCGCGAAGGUUUGCACCGGAUGUUGGCGUCGUGUAAGAUGUCCACGACUGCUGGCUUAAAAAUGUGCGUGGAGAAGCUUUUGGAUAAUUUGAAGAAGUAUCCGCAUGAUAAGAGGUCCACGUAUAGGUGUCUGCAGAGGAUAGGGGCCCAACAUCCCGAGUUAGUUUUGCCGUUGGUGCCGCAGCUGCUGAAUAUACAUCCGUUUUUUGAUACGGCGGAGCCGGACGUGGAAAAUCCACAAUAUAUAUGUGUUUUGAUUUUGGUCUUGAAUGCGGCCAAAUGGUCACCCACUAUCAUUCCCUUGUUGGAACCGCACACCCUCCGACAUUACGCCUACAUCAGUGACACCAUGCCAACUUUGGUACCGGUGCUAAGUCUCCCCGACUCAAGCUGCAACGCCAUCUCGCGGCCCCAAACCGUUCCAGAGAGUCUCGAAUUUUUGAACAACGUCAUAUCGAACUUGGACAUGACGGAGAACACCCUCAGGGUGCAGACCACCCUCCUCCAGACCGCCAAGGAGCACCUCAACCGCCUCUCCGAAAUCGACUCCUCCGUCGCCGGCACCGCCCAGUUCACCUCCCUCUACAUCGGCGCCCAGCUCAUCAUGUCCCAGAUCCUCGAGAAGGGCUACUGGCUCAACCCCGCCACCCUCGCCACCCAGCAAGCCAACAACCUCCAAACCAACAUCAAGAACCUCCUCGAGUACUGCCUCAAGCUCCAGUUCUUCUUCGUGGGCUUCAGCCCCGUCGAGGAGUGCACCGUCAAGAUGUUCCGGCUGCGCGCCCUCGCCCUGAACCUCGUCUACAUAGUCAAGGGCAGCAACGCGUCGGCGUUGGCCCCAUGCCACCACUUCCUCACCGUCGUGGAGGACAUGCAGCGGGACCUGUCGCUGGCGGGCCUGGAGCCGGACGGCUUCACGGCGGCGGUGUUCCGGGAGCUGUCCGUCCUGGAGGAGCCCAAGCCGGGCACGGUGUCCAGGAUCCUCAUCCCGAUCCUGUCGGAGGCCAAGCUGGUGCGCAUCCCGCGGCCGAACACGCAGAUCCGGAUGAGCUCGGCCGAGAUCGUGGAGCCGACGGGGCAGACGGACACGUCGCUGAAGUUCACGGCGGGGCUGGUGAUGGCGGUGAGGUUCGAGGCGGAGUUGAGGCACCUGAACGAUCCGAGCAGGGUGAGGUUGAAGGUGAAGUACCCGGAUCAGAAGACGCAGGUGAUUUUGCCGCGGCCGGCGCACUUGAAGCCGUGGUAUUUGGACGGAAGUGACGAAGAUUCUCAAACGGGUCACAAUUUGAGGCUGUUGACCUCGGUUCUGGUUUCGCAUCAGGUUUGGUCGGAAGCUUGCAAUGUGGAAAUUAAUGUGGCUUUGGCGAUUCCUGAGGCCGAUAUUGGGAAGAGGAAGGCCAGUAUAGGUGCUACACCUACGCUGAUCGAUUUGUGCAAGCCGGUUAAAGUCAGUGUGGCGCCGAAGCCGAUUAAAAGAACGCUUUAAGUGUUUAUGAAAUGGUGUGUAUUUUUCUAUCAGCAAGUUUAACAAAUAUAGAAUUUUUAAGUUUU